GCAGCUGCUCGCUCUCUCAAACUCACUCUCAAAGAUCCCUCUUCCUGUUUUCUCUCCUCUGCUCUCUUCUGCUCCACUCAAUAUAUAAAUAAAAACCCAAACUCAAAAUAUCAAAAACCCCAUUUUUCCUCCAUUGAUUCAUCCAUCUUUGAAGAAAAAGAGAGAGAGAGAGAGCUUUUGAAGUAACAUAUAUCCAUGGCUUCUUGUUGCAAUUCUUUGAGACUCGAAGUUUUCUUCUCUUCUGCUUUUAAAUCAUCUAAACGAUCAUCCAAUGCCAUUCCCAUCCCUUCCUCUUCUUUUUCUCACCUCGGUAACCAUCGCUUCGCUCUUCAAAGCAUUUCCUUUUCAGUACCACGCUCCCCUUCUUUUACCAUCAAAGCUUCCUCCUCCUCUUCUUCUCCCUCCACCACCAUUGCCGAGCCUGAAGGCAUCAAGAUAACUUCAGUUCCCACUAAACCGAUUGAAGGGCAGAAGACCGGGACAAGUGGGCUUCGGAAAAAGGUUAAGGUUUUUAUGGAAGAGAAUUACCUUUCUAAUUGGAUCCAGUCGCUGUUUAAUUCAUUACCGCCUGAGGAUUACAAGAAUGGGGUGUUGGUAUUAGGAGGCGAUGGCCGGUACUUUAACCGCGAAGCUUCACAGAUAAUUAUCAAAAUUGCUGCUGGAAAUGGAGUUGGAAAAAUCUUGGUUGGCAGGGAAGGUAUUAUGUCUACACCAGCUGUUUCUGCUGUCAUUCGAAAGAGGAAGGCCAAUGGUGGAUUUAUUAUGAGUGCAAGCCAUAAUCCAGGGGGCCCCGAAUACGACUGGGGUAUCAAGUUUAAUUACAACAGUGGCCAACCUGCACCUGAAUCCAUCACUGACAAGAUAUAUGGGAAUACUCUUUCUAUUUCCGAGAUUAAAAUGGCUGAGAUUCCUGAUGUUGACCUUUCUCGCCUUGGAGUUACCAAGUAUGGAAACUUCACCGUCGAGGUUAUAGACCCGGUUUCCGACUAUUUGGAAUUAAUGGAGAGUGUGUUCGAUUUCCAGAUGAUCAAAAAUCUUCUCUCAAGAUCAGACUUCAGUUUUGCAUUUGAUGCCAUGCAUGCUGUUACUGGUGCUUAUGCAAAACCCAUCUUCGUGGACAAGCUUGGGGCUCGCCCGGAUUCUAUAUCGAAUGGAGUGCCUCUUGAGGAUUUUGGUCAUGGUCAUCCCGAUCCUAAUCUUACGUAUGCAAAGGAUUUGGUCGAUACCAUGUAUAGUGAGAAUGGACCUGAUUUUGGAGCAGCAAGUGAUGGAGACGGCGACAGAAACAUGAUUCUAGGUAAAAAGUUUUUUGUUACCCCUUCGGACUCCGUCGCAAUUAUUGCUGCGAAUGCACAAGCAGGAAUACCAUAUUUCCGUGGUGGCCCUAAGGGUUUAGCUCGAUCCAUGCCAACUAGUGGUGCUCUCGAUAGAGUUGCUGAAAAAUUGGGUCUUACCUUUUUUGAGGUUCCUACUGGCUGGAAAUUUUUUGGGAAUCUUAUGGAUGCUGGAAAGUUGUCGAUUUGUGGGGAAGAAAGUUUUGGUACGGGUUCAGAUCACAUUCGUGAGAAGGAUGGCAUAUGGGCUGUUUUAGCAUGGCUCUCGAUUAUUGCAUAUCGAAACAAAGACAAGAAACCAGGGGAGAAAUUGGUAUCUAUCUCUGAUGUUGUCAAAGAACACUGGGCAACUUAUGGAAGAAAUUUCUUUUCUAGAUAUGAUUACGAAGAAUGUGAAUCUGAAGGUGCCAAUAAAAUGAUCGAAUACCUUAGAGAACUAAUCUCAAAGAGUAAGGCAGGUGAAAAGUACGGAAAUUAUGUCCUUCAAUUUGCUGAUGACUUUUCAUAUACCGAUCCCGUGGAUGGAAGUGUGGCCUCAAAGCAGGGUGUUCGAUUUGUUUUCACAGAUGGUUCAAGGAUUAUAUUCCGCUUAUCUGGAACUGGCUCAGCUGGUGCAACGGUUCGAAUCUACAUCGAGCAAUUUGAACCAGAUGCUUCUAAACAUGACAUGGACGCCCAAGUGGCAUUAAAACCACUAAUAGAUUUGGCAUUGUCUGUAUCGAAGCUGAAGGACUUCACAGGCAGGGAGAAACCUACAGUCAUCACAUAAAAAAGCGACGCUCAUAUUGAGCCCCUCCCCAAUGAAUUCCCACUUUUACUGAGUCACCUUUCAGUUUUGUUUUUAAUGCUAUAGUUAGCUUGGCAUUAUGUAAAUUUAUGUAAAAUACUUGGAAGGAAUAAAUUAAAAGCAUCUAGCUAAAAUAUUCUGGUGAAAUAAAAAUAUUUCAAGAGUUUACUUUUUUA